CAAGCACUGAUCCGCAAGUGACGAGCUGGGGACCGAGAACUUUAUCCUCUUUACGAGAUCUGUCAUUGCGAAGGGCUAUUUAAUCAUCAGUCUGCAGCCAUCUAGGGCAUAUUCCUCACACUCAAAAAAAAUCCCUCGCCCACAUUAUUCUCCUCAUAUCGAUAGUACUAUAACGCUCGAAACAUAAGCACCUUCAACAAUCCUCUUCACGCCUCCGUUUAGUUCAGACCACCUUAAUCGUUUCGACAACUCCACCGACCAUUUAUUACCUCGUUCACACUUCUUCAUAAUGAAAUUCGAACUUCUUCUUCUCCUGCCAAUGGCUGGCCUCAUGUUUGCUGGGCCUGCUAGGAGAGACUGUGGUGAGACGAAGUCCUUUGUCGCAACCAAUGGGUGUGGCAUGACUUAUGGCGGUACUUGGGUCGAGUGCGCAACUGGUAUCACUGGCAUGCCAACGUUUACGGUUCCACUAUGUUCCACCGUUGGAGCAGACCCAAACGUGGCUCCAGAAGCAACGCCAAACCCAACGUCGACUGAGAGUGAUCCGUUGAUCACUCCCGCUCCGGUUUUCAGCAGUAAUUCUUCGAGAACUAAUGGGAAUGCAACGUCGACCUGCUCUCCACUAUGGAUUUGUGUUGAUUUAGUAGCGGCAUGUGGCAAUGCGAUGAUACCUCAUGGCGAAUGCUACGAUACAUGCACCAAGAGUGCUCCCUCAACGCCAGCCUGUGAUGCUGAUGCUGCUUCUGCCACUGGCAUAGCUCCAGUCAACGGCACGAGGGCUAUGCCAAAGCUUAAUUUUGUCAAGGCGCCACCGAGGGAGCAUAAAUCCUGGUGUGACGAGAAGCCUUGGAUGUGUGCGCCAAAGGGUUGGUGAGCAUGACAGGCACAUGGAAUUUCGGUAGCCAGUUGCGCCAUUUUCUUCUACUUUUUUAAUGAUCAGAGGCGUUCAUUGUUUCCCACUGUGAUUUUUUGGUUGGUGGACAUGAGUACAAAGCCUUUUGGGACAUAUGCACGACUUUCCUAAAUAUUGGUAUGAGUUUCUGUUUUGCUAUUUAUGUCUCUCUUGUUGUAUCC